AACACAGCCUUGAAGGUUGAACUUUCGCGGGAUGAGUGGUCGGGACGCUCAGCUUCCGGAAGAGUGAGUCCAGGAGGUCUGGGUUGGGCGCCGCCAUGACAACCUGAUACCGGAAAAGGCGGGUCUCUUCUCCUGACUGAUCGGCUCCUGAACUGGCCUGGAGAUGCAGGCAGCUCUGGAAGUCACUGCUCGAUACUGCAGCCGGGAGCUGGAUCAGUAUGGCCGAUGUGUGGCAGCCAAGCCAGAGUCGUGGCAUCGAGAUUGUCACUACCUUAAGAUGAGCAUUGCUCGAUGCACGUCCUCCCACCCCAUCAUCCGCCAGAUCCGACAGGCCUGUGCUGAACCGUUUGAAGCCUUUGAGGAGUGUCUUCGCUUGAAUGAGGCAGCAGUUGGCAAUUGUGCCGAACACAUGCAGCGCUUCCUGCAGUGCGCUGAGCAAGUGCAGCCACAAAGUUCACCCACAACUGGAGAGGUAAAGGAGGCUCACUCGAUUGUAUCUUUUUCCCUUCACAACUCCCUUCAUUUUCUAGUUUAAAUGCCUUCAAGAACUAGCUCCAGUCCCAUUCCCAUACAUGGCCCUGGCUAUGCAUCCAGAAUCCAAAACACACGGUUCUCUAUCCCCAAGUCUAAGUCUUCGAUUCACUUCACCUUUCACACUCCUUCACUGACAGGGCACCUGCCCCGGCCUGUGCCUGGCUUGCCUGAUCCUCCUGCUUCCAUAUAAUGACCUGAAUUCUGGUCAUGAUAAACCCUUGCUUAAAACUCUCUGGUGGCUUCCGACUCACACUGAAACAAAGACCCUGAUUCUUACCGAAUCCCUUGUGUUCAUCCCUUCCUCUGCCAUUGUGUCCCCUUCACUGCUUUCCAGCUGUGCUGGUAGAAGUGAGGGGGAGGGGUGAAGGGAAAAGGAUCUAGCUACUGUACACAGUACAUAAAUACACAUACAAUAUGUCUCAGAUACUAAAAUGUUAUUGAUGGGCAACGAGGAAAAAGUCUUAAAAUGCUCUGGGAUUGGCAGAAAUGGGAGAAAGAGUGAGAAACCCUCAACUGUGUCUUGCUGCUCUUGCUGGACCACUCAAAGGGAAAGUUCACACCUUUAACCAUCCUUAUCUGAGCCCCUCCGUGGGGUCUCUGUCCCUGCAGCUCUGCCUUUUUCUUUCUCACCUUCCUGCCUAGUUUGUUGGUCCAUCUUGUCCUUUCCAGUCCCUCUGUGAUGGUCCCAGAAUGGUAUCAGAGGAAAUCUUAGCAUGUUGGCUUCUGCAUAGAAAGCUCUCUGUGGUUCCAGUUCUUCCAGAUCAGCUCUCACCCCCAGUGCAGCCUGGAUCCCGGGUGACCUGGCCCUACCUCUCCACUCUCCACCUCCAGUUCCAUGCUCCAUCUUCAGUAGACAGUGCAAGCAUAUUCAUCCUGCAUCUCCAGCUCUCUUACUCUGCGUGGGCUGCCCUCUCAAGUCCAUCUCCUGUCCUGAUUCCUAUCCUGUGUACACGAUACCAUCUCUCAAAAAGACUUCCUCUGUUCCCCCAUUCCUGUUCGCUGGCUUUUAAGCUCCACCAGCUCCCUGCAUCCCAGGCCUCAUCCUACCAUUUCAUACUUUACCCUUGUGUCUCAUACUU